AUGUCCACAUCACCAGAAAAGGAAACCGCUCCAAAUCCACCGCUGUACGGGCCACGCCUUGUUACCUAGAUUUCUAGAACUUAACUGGCACCACUAACAGUUCCGACAGGCAAUGCAGCUCGCAGGGCAUCCCAGCAAGUGAGAUCAUCGUGCAGCUCUCCCAUAACCUGCUCGAGAUAUUGA